AUGUUCUUCUCCAAGUCCGCCUUGCUGGGCGUCACUGCCCUCGCGGCUGCCACUGCUGUCUCGGCGCAGUCGGUGCCCGCCUUCACGUACGGCACGGCCAACGCCGACUACCCUGGUGUCAAGUCGACCAACAAGAACGGUCCCACCAACCCUUCGAACCCCCAGCUCAACACGGCCAUCAACCAGACCUCGCUCUCGCGCCUUGCGUCGAUCAACUCGAUCGAUGACUGGUGCACUUUCGGUCCCCCUGGCACUGGUCAGCCCCUUGCCGACGUCGAGGAGAUCACUGUGGCCUACUGCACCAAGCCGCGAAACAAUGCGCGUGUCAUCCCAGACGGCUCGGUGACCGGCGCGCACUUUGUCAAGACCCCGCUCUACGUCCAGCUCAUGGCGGUCGGCGACUUCACCAGCAUCGGCUUCAUGGCUGGCGACGAGGGUGGAGAGCUCGACCCGCACGGAGCCACCAACAUGGGCAACCCUGUGGGUGGCAACGUCACCUCGAAUGUCUCGGGUGAGGACGUUUUCUACGAGGAGUGGAUGAACUACGCCUCUGCGAACCAGAUUUGCUUCCGUGUGUGCAUUGCCGGAUCUGACGUGGCCCCCACCGCUCUCGAGUGCCAGCACACGCUCGAUGUGAUGGGCUGCAACUUUGUCAUGCCAGGCAACUACAACGACGACGUGUUCGAGACGUGCGAUGGUGAUUCGGCCUACCCCCCUGGUCUCUACCCCGAGGGCAACGGUCAGACUUCGACGUUCGUGCAGUUCUUCACGGGUGUCUACACUGCUGGUGGCACCGUUUACUCGUACACCAACGGCUCGCCGGAUGAGGUCACUCCCACUGCUGCCUACUCGACGCCCAGCACGUCCAACUGCCAGACCACCAACACCAUCUCGAACGGCAUCAAGUCGCUCGUCUCGUCGUCUACCACCACCUCGUCGUCGUCCGCGGCCAAGAGCACCUCGAAAUCGGCUGCCUCAUCGUCGUCGUCCGGCAGUAGCUCCAGCUCGGGCUCGUCCAACUCGGGUAGCUCCAACUCCGGCAGCUCCUCGUCCGGCAACAGCGGCAGCUCGUCCUCCGCAGCUUCGUCCACCAGCGGCGCUACCAAGCUCGUCAACAGCGCCUCGGGUGCCGUGCUCGCCUUCGCCGUCGUCAUGGCCGGCGCCAUGAUGCUCUAA